AUGGCGGGCACGCCUGGUGCUAAGGCCACAAAAGGGCAAGCACCAGAAGCCAAAAACAAGGUAGUAGUAUCUUUCCUUGAGGAACUAGAGCUACUAUCAGACGAUGAGGUGAACAUAGCACACCUCGGAGGAGCUUCGAGGUUGAGGCUUAAAGCCCACCUAGAAAAAGGCCUUGAUUACAUUUCAGCCAAAAGGCUGGUAAUCCAGAAGAACUUUCUAGAGAGCAAGGAACCCGCAAAGCCCUUGAGGCUGGGACCUGUAGCAACAACGUCGAGGAAGGCCGGUAAAGGCACGAAAGCGACGAAGCGACCACGGUCAAUCAGUGCGACACCGCCACAGACCAGCCAGCUGAGUAAGAAACCAAGGCACGAAGGAGUAUCCUUCAAAGAUGCCCUUUCCUCAGUUAAGGUUGCUGUGGUACACACGGGUUUCCCGGAGGUGAAAAUGAGUACUGAAAGGCUCACAGAAGUCCAGGACUCAGUCUCCGAGGCUCUGGAUCAAAUCCCCGUAGGAGGACCUCAAGUGAGAUUCGCAAAAUGCACUCAUAAACCAGGAUACUUGGUUAUGAUGUGCGUGGAUCGCACUAGUGCAGACUGGUUGAAGGAGGUCAUCACAACCAUAAAACUCUGGGAGGGAGCUACACUGACAGUGUUGGAGGAGGAUGACUUACCUGAAACCUACGCGUGCACUACCUCCAUUUCUGAUGAAAGAGGGCAAAAGCCAGAGGCGGAAAAAAUUCUGCACAGGCUCAAAGUCGCAAAUCAUGGGCUUAACACGCACCUUUGGACGGUUUGGGGCAAAACUCCUGCGGCCAAAGGUCAAACUCGGGUCUUCUCCAUGGACAAAAAGUCACUGGGAGAACUAGUGAAACUUGACAUGUCUCCCUACUACAAUCUAGGAAGAAUUAAAUUCAGACAGAAGGGGAAACAUGUCAAGGAAAAAGAAGAAGACGCCGAGCCAAUUGAGGCGGCCCAAGAGGCACAAGAAGAGGACGAGGCAGAGCCCUCUCAAAGUGGGAGUAGCCCUCUCAAGAGGCCAAUAGCACAUGAGAGCGCAACACCCAUGGAGGAGGGAGAUGCCUCAAUGAAGGCGGAAGAAGGGUUCAGUUCACAGAACUGA